GUGCGAAGAGCGUGACUGGAUUUCUUUGAUCAGAAAAUUGAAGAUAAUGUCUCGAAGCACAAGCAACACGCGAUCAACUUCCUACCGUUUUUCCUUUCAAGGAUGCCAGCAUCCAUUUUGGAACAGUCCAAUACAACUCAGGAAUGUGAGCUUCAUCCGUCUUUUGGAAAGACUGGCAACGCUUCCGUUUCUGCUGGUUCACCGCCCAACAACGAACCCGCCGUCAAAGAAGCACUAUCCCGAUCGAUGAACGACGAGGAAUGCAAUGACCCGGCGACUCAGGACAACACAGCUGUCAGCUCCAUCGUCGAUGUGCUGGAAAACCUUCAUUUAGACGAUGUACCCUUAACGCUUGAUCCAAUCUAUGAGAGUAAUAUCAGUGCUGAAAUGCUCAUGCUGUUCGAGGAACUGUUGCCGUCAAGGGAAAGCUACGAUCGGCGUAUGGGGCUUGUAUAUAAAAUCGAUCGAUUGCUGAAUAUGGAAUGGCCGGGCCGAGGUAUCAAAGUCCAUUUAUUUGGAUCCUCUGUGAAUGAUCUUGGUACAAGUCAAUCCGAUGUUGAUUUAUGUAUUACGACGCAGUGGAAUGGACUUCGUAAUAUCCGUACUCUUGCAAGAUUAUUUCGACAUCAUGGUAUGCAGCAUGUUGUGUGCGUUCCUCGCGCCAAGGUGCCCAUUGUACGCUUAUUUGAUCCGGAAUCACAGCUGGCCUGCGAUAUCAACGUAAAUAAUACCCUGGCGUUGCAGAAUACCGAUAUGAUCAAGGCAUAUGUGGCCAUCGAUCCGCGUGUUCGACCUUUGGCUAUGAUCAUCAAGCAAUGGACGAAGCAACGUAUACUGAACGAUGCAGCUAACGGCGGCACAUUAUCGACAUACACGUGGACAUGCAUGCUCAUCAACUUCCUCCAAAUGCGGCAACCGCCUAUUCUUCCUGUAUUGCAUCAGCUCAAUAUCGCUGACGAUCCUCCAAACGAGCAUCCAUUUUAUCGACAUAUUGGAAAACUCCAAGGUUUUGGAAAAGCAAACCAUGAGAGUCUGGGAGGCUUAUUGUUCGCGUUCUUCCGUCGGUUCGCCAUUGAAUUUGAUUACGACGAGCAAGUGGUUUCUGUGAGACAUGGGUGCUACCUAUCGAAACAGGAAAAAGGCUGGAACACCGGGCGAAAUCUCAGUUUCUGUGUGGAAGAGCCUUUCAACGUAUCACGUAAUUUAGGUAAUUCAGCAGAUAUAACCUCGGUGACAGGAUUACGGCUGGAAUUUCGACGAGCGAUGGAUAUGAUGCUUGCUUCUGAACCAUUGAACGUCCUAUGCGAACCUUACGAAUUCCUAUCAUUUGAUACAUCAACACCUGUUCCUAUCAUUGAUAACAGACGAAUGUCGUUUACCGAACUUCAUACACUUCAUCAUCCGUUAGCACCCACUUACUUAUCAUCGAUUCAUCCGCACUUGCACGAUUUUCAUCAUCAUGAUCGACGUAAUAGUAUGGUCGAAGGCAUUUAUCCACAUCCAGAAACUAUCCCGUUGCUAGACAUCAAUGCACAUCUGGAUUUACCGGACCAACCUCAACCUCCAUCAUCAUCUGCACUACAUCCAUAUUCUUCAGAACGCAUGCAUUCUCAUUUUCAACCCCGAUACAGUUCACCACAAACGCUUCAUACCAUCACUCAAAUGCGAAAUAUGCGCCACGGAAGUCAUCCCUCCCUUGUGCCGUCACCAAUGUUCUUUUUAUUGCAACCUCAUCGUAAGAAAAAUAUGAAAGAACGGACCAUGGACGGUAUUUUUGCCCGUUAUAAUCGACGGCCCAGCUUUCAGGAACGACGGAGGCGCCAUAGUAGCCUAAGCGUGAAUGGCGCUAUGCCUUCUUCGUCCCAUGCUUCCGGCGCAAAUUAUCGCCAUGAUAAAUCAUCAGUGGCUUCCUCUCGGACUCCUCGUCGCCGAUCCAGCGCGUUGGUCGAUUGGCCUUCAAUAUCGACGCAACCGGCGCCUUCGCAACACUGGGACGGGGCAGCUCAACGUCGACGUCGAUGGUCUACGGCCAAAAGUAGCAACGCAGUGGGAACACCUGAACGAUCGUCCGCGAUGCAUGGAAGGAUAAUUGAAGAUGCCGAAAUCCCGAAAAGGACAAUGGCCGAUAUUGUUCGUGUAGGAGUUCAUCCAAUUAGUCCCAUUUCAUCUUCAACACCGCAGAUCGAAAAAAAGAAUGUGCCAAAGGAAAAGUCGCAGCGGACACGACCGUUGCGUCAAAAAUCAUCAUCGCAUCAUAAUAACAACAAGAAGAAACCCAAAGGAUCGACGGAUAAGAGACAGAAGCCUCGUUAUCGGUUGUCACCUUCAUCAUAGAUUGUACAAAAGAUAUAAAAUAACGCGGAAAAGCGAAAGAAUAAUAUAACAUCAUAGCAUUGCCAUAUCGUUACUGUAAUAUAUUAGAAAACGUCCUUCUCUUUUUUCAACAUAAUGAAAUGUGAAGCACUGAUGCGUCG